AUGAUUCGAGAGGCUGGGUUCCGAUCAGGAUUCGACUCGGACUUUCUCCCUCCUGAAGCUCCUGAAGAUGCAUUCUUCGACGCCCAAAGUUCUAGAACAAACAAUGGAUUUGAUGGAGUGGCCACGCCAAUAGUUAAAUCCCCUAUUUUUGCUGGCUUUACCUCAAGCCCACCACUAAGUCCCUCAAGACAUUGUCACCGAAACGACUCACUUGUGUCUAAGUCUUCAGGAAACUGCUCUCCACUAGAUGUGCCUGGAAAGAGAAUCAUCGCGGAGGUGCUCAGUUCCUCUUCAUGUAUACAAGAUGUUAUGACCGAUCCCUUUGCAUUCAAGCCGGAGCCCGAGCAUCAGAAAUCGCCGGCAUUAUUAUCGGGCGAUCAACCUCAGACUCUGGAGUCCGGCUAUCUGCUCGUCCAGGAUUCCAUACCGUCGACCAAGGACCAAGCAACCACCGCACAGCUUGACCCUCCAAUUGAUGAGACACACAUUGAAACCGAUUUAGACCCUGGAACGAAAUCAGCCGAUGAUGUUCCAAUUGAUGACUGUGCGCAGCAUGUUCAGCCGAUGGCCCUUCUGUCUGCGGACAUUUACCACUCCUCAUUUGCAUCACUUAAGCUGGAUCGGAUGACUCUGGAUCAUGAUGACUCCCAGUUUUCAGUUCUUGCUUCCGCUGUAGAAGACAGCCAGCCAGCUGAACACCGCCCGGAUUCAAGUGGUGAAUCUGUAAUCACUAAUCCCUUCUACGAACCCGAUAGGGGUUUUCCAAUUGUAUCACCACCCAUGGCGCGAUUCGUCUCCACUGCCCCACCCCGCACAACAACAGCGGCAGAGAAUUCCCCGCCCAGGCCUGCAGUUAGAAAAAACAACCGCAAAGCCCUCUCAUCGCCACACCAGCUAUCAUUUUCACCCCAUCAGAAACCCCAGUGCUACGACGAGCGGUCAGAUCUCCCAGCUAUUGCCGAGGCUGAUAAGGAGUCGACGCAGCAUUCCAAAUAUAUCCCCAAGCGAGGAAUGUCACAAGAGAGCUGUAGUUCUAUUGUAGAUUUAACAAUAUCUAGCGAACUAGAGUCGCCUGGGAAUUCAGACGGAGAUUUCGCGGCGUCUCAGGGACUUCCACAGGGCCCUGGAUGGAUUAAGAAACGGAACGUUAGAGGCCGCGGGCCCCGCGGGGCAGAAGUCCCUUCAGUUCGAACACGGAGGAAAGGUCUACGGGGAAAGAACAUUGUUAGCACUCAAAAUAUGGAAAAUGUCAACCUGUGCCAACUGGGUGAGACAAAACCGCCAAUGACGUCACGACAAGCGCCCUGGCCAAUCUCCCUGCAAACGCAGGACCAACACUGGGCAAUUUAUAGUUCUGAUGAGAUCGAUAUACUCAAAAAAUCCAUUAUCCUGUCUCAUUCCUAUCGCCCUUGGGUAUUUAAACUGGCGUCAUUCCAUAUUAUUGCUGUAGGUUCCUUAACCAGGAAUCGUGCAUUGUGGAAGCCGCUUCGCACGUCAUUGAUCCUUGCAUCCUGUCGCCCGCAAGAAGCUGUAAACUUUCCCCGCAUCAAGCACGUCCAUACCUCUCGAAUCGUCAACCCCAGGAAGAACAACUCCAGCAACAGCAGUGGUAACAGCAGCAGCAGCAGCAAUUCUACAAUAAUAACAAGGGCCAAAGCACGCAUAAACCACUUCACAACUUCACCACAGUUGUCCGCGUCAAAUUUAAAAAUGUCAUCAACAUCUACUUUCAAAAUCAAGGGCCUGACCUCACUUGAUCUCCCUUCUGACAAGAUAGAAGUAGAGGUCGAGAACAUCGAGAAGGGGAAACUCUUGCUCUUGAAACAUGGCGGCCAGAUCCAUGCACUCACUGCCAAUUGUACGCAUUAUGGGGCGCCGCUGGUAAAGGGCGUGCUCACUCCGGAUGCAAGACUGACUUGUCCAUGGCAUGGUGCUUGUUUUAAUAUUACAACUGGAGACGUGGAAGACGCGCCAGCUUUGAAUGCGCUGCAUAAAUAUGAAGUAUUUGAGAAGGAUGGCGGUGUCUAUGUCAAAGCGGAUGAAGCCACCUUCAAGGAAAAUGGCAGACUUCCCGUAUCUUCCUGCAGUGUUGCGCAACAAGAUCAGAAGGUUGUGAUUAUCGGAGGCGGAAGCGCAACAAUCGGAGCAGUAGAAGUACUCCGCGAGCAUGGCUUCAACGGCCAGAUCACAAUAAUUUCCAAGGAGGCUAACCUCCCCCUUGACAGAACAAAGCUCUCCAAAGCCCUGAUCCCAGACCCAGAGAAGCUCCUCCUGAGACCUCAAGAGUGGUACACCUCUGUCUCCAUCUCCGUGGUCUCGGACGAAGCCACCUCUGUCGAUUUCACAAACAAAACCAUAGCUACCAAAUCCGGCAAGUCCAUUCCAUAUACAAAGCUAAUCCUCGCUACAGGUGGAACCCCUCGCCACCUGCCACUACCCGGCUUCAAAGAGCUGGGGAACAUCUUCGUCCUCCGCACCAUACAAGACGUGCAGGCCAUCCUAGCCGCUGUGGGUUCUACCAAGAAGAAAGAAAUUGUAGUAAUCGGCAGCUCCUUCAUCGGCAUGGAAGUAGGUAACGCGCUCUCCAAAGAGAACAAUGUAAAAAUCAUCGGCAUUGAAUCCGCCCCGCUCGAGCGCAUAAUGGGUGCGAAAAUCGGGCGCAUUUUCCAAAAUAACCUGGAGAAAAACGGCGUUAAGUUCUACAUGUCUGCUUCCGUCGACAAAGCGACACCGUCUUCCGCGGAUCCGUCAAAGGUAGGCGCAGUCCACUUCAAGGACGGUACCUCUCUGCCGGCUGAUCUCGUCAUCCUGGGCGUCGGGGUCAGCCCAGCCACUGAAUUCCUCCGCGAUAACCCCAGCGUAACCCUGGAACGCGACGGGUCCCUCAGGACGGACGAAUACUUUGCCGUCGAGUGCCUGAAGGGAAACAACAGCGACGGCGGCAGCAGCGAUGUCUACGCAAUCGGCGACAUCGCCACAUACCCCUAUCUCGGGCCUGGAGCAGGGCAAGGCGGCCAUUCGCAUGUACGCAUCGAGCACUGGGAUGUAGCACAAAAUGCAGGGAGAAGCGUUGGGCGUACCAUCGCCCACGCCUUCUCGAGUAACAGUUCCGUGCCUCUGAAAGCGAAAUCGUUCAUUCCGAUCUUCUGGUCAGCGCUGGGUGGGCAGCUGCGUUACUGUGGAAAUACGAUGAAUGGCUAUGACGAUUUGAUUGUCAAGGGGGAACCUGAGGCGGCGAAGUUUGUGGCGUAUUAUGUGCUGGGUGAGACGGUGGUGGCAGUUGCGAGUCUGGGAAUGGACCCAAUUGUUAUGAAGUGUGCAGAGUUGAUGAAGAGAGGGAAGAUGUUAGGGAAAAAAGAGGUGAUCGAGGGGGUGGAUGUGUUGAAGGUAGAUUUGGCAUGAGAAAAAGUGUAUACAUAUGUGUUUUUGAAACUGAAAUUUGAUUUUUUUUUUUUUCUCGGGAAAGGGGGUUUACUUAUCCUGGAUUACUGGAUGGGAUGGGACAGGCCCAGAUUGAGCUUUGGGGGAACGUAUCAUGAUGAUGCAAGGAAACGCCUGCCCCUAUUUACAAGAAUGGCAGUGGAAUAUAUCUGAGAAUUCCAAAGG